AUGUCCACAUUAUCGCACGCUGCCACAAAUGGCUUGAAUUUAUCAUCAGUUUAUGAACGUACAAGUGGCCAUUUAUCGUCACAUUUAUCAUCAAUACUUUACAAUACAAAUCCUAAUGGUAUAUCAUCAAAAUUAUUCGAUUCAUCAAAAUCAAAAUUACAGGCUAAUCGAAUUGACAUCAAUGAUGCAUCAAUAACAACAACAAUAGAACAUCAUCCUAAUAAUCAUUAUCAAUGUCCAUUACCAUCCUCGGCAUCUGAUCUGAUAAAAUCAUAUUCAAUUAAACCAAUGUUUGAUAAUCAUUGUUUUUCCAAACAACAACAACAACAACAAACAAACACCAUGGUUAAACGUCGUAAUCAAACAUCCGUUAUUGUUUCACCAGGUCAUUUAAAACAAGAAAAUAAUUCCAAUGGCGAUAAUCAUAGUGUUAAACAAACAAUUGUUGAUGAUAUUUAUAAAACAACCAUACCAAUGCAGAAUGCAAUAUCGUAUAUGCUUGGCCAGGCAAAUAUUGAUACCAUACAACAACAACGUAUUGAACAAACACAACGUGAUUGUUCAUUAAAUGCAGCAUUAUGUUUUGCAAAGAAUAAUAUUCUUGAAUAUUAUUAUAAAAGUAGUAAUAUUAUCACUGAAGAAUUAAUACAUUCAUCAUUACCAAAUGGAACAUCAUUAUCGUUGAAAAUUAAACCAAAUAACUUUGGUGAUGAAGAUGAAAAUGUUGAUCAAGAGGACGAAGAGGAGAAAGAUCGAAUCGCUGAUGAUGAUGACAAUUAUGAUGAUGAUGAUGAUGAUGAUGGACAUGGUUAUGGUAACCAUAAUAAUAGUGAAGGUAAUUUCAAUGAUGAAGCACUUGAUCUACGUUGUCAUAGGAAAAAAGAAGAGCCAUUAAAUAUUAGAAUACCAAAUCGACAAAUAAAUUCAGAACAGAAUUCAUCAUCUUUGAAUGAAAUUCUUUUCCGUUCAAAUACGGUUAUAUGUUCACCAUCAUUAUCGAUUCAAUCUAGUCUAGAUUCUUAU